AACCACUCAUUUUGCAUCUUUUCAUAAUAACCAAACAAAGACUUUCCACACAAGGAGGAGAACUCUUAUGCUAAAAUGGAGGAAAACCAAACCAAAUCUCCUCAACAACCCCUUCUCCAUUACUGGGGCAACACUCCAGAACAAGAAUACUAUAAUCUCCAAGGCAUCAAAUCUACCAAAUCCUUUUUCACUUCACCAAGAGGCUUAAAGCUUUUCACUAGAUCAUGGGUACCCUCAACCCCUACCCCACCUCAUGGUGUCAUUUUUAUGAUCCAUGGUUAUGGUAAUGACAUUAGUUGGACCUUUCAAGCAACCCCAAUUCACUUAGCAAAGAAUGGUUUUGCUUGUUUUGCACUUGAUCUUGAAGGACAUGGACAAUCACAAGGUCUUAAAGCUUAUGUACCAAAUCUUGAUUUAGUUAUUGAUGAUUGCUUGUGUUUUUUCAAUUUUGUUAUGACCCAAAAUCUUGAAUUUCAAGAUUUGCCUAAAUUCUUGUUUGGUGAGUCAAUGGGUGGUGCAAUUUGUCUUUUGAUUCAUUUAAAAAGGCCUAAGGAGUUUAAAGGUGGAAUCUUGAUAGCCCCCAUGUGUAAAAUUUCAGAUAAAGUUAAACCAAAAUGGCCAAUUCCUCAAUUUUUGACUAUUGUUGCAAGAUUUGCACCUACUUUGGCUAUUGUACCAACAGCUGAUUUGAUGGAAAAAUCUGUUAAAGUUGAAGAAAAGAGGGUUAUUGGUGGGAUGAAUCCUAAUAGGUAUUUUGGGAAGCCAAGAUUAGGUACUGUUGUCGAACUUUUACGCGUGACAGAUUAUGUUAGUAGUAAAUUGUGUGAUGUUGAUUUCCCAUUUUUGGUGUUACAUGGGAGUGCUGAUGUUGUUACUGAUCCAGAAGUGAGUAGGGAGUUGUAUAAAUUGGCUAAAAGUAGUGACAAGACUUUGAAGAUUUAUGAUGGUAUGAUGCAUUCUUUGUUGUUUGGUGAGACUGAUGAAAACGUUGAGAUAGUUCGUGCUGAUAUAUUGGCGUGGUUGAAUGAUAGAUGCUGAUCGGCAGCGGAUCUAGAGGGGAGGGAACGGGUUCAUAUGAAUCGUGCAAGGGUUUCAUAUGAAUCCCAUUGAUAAAAAUCCUGUCUCCGCCACUCAUGCUGAAAAGAUAUUGAAGAUUUAUGAUGGUAUGAUGCAUUCUUUGUUGUUUGGUAGUGAUAUAAUGGCUUGGUUGAAUGAUAGAUGCUGAGCUGGAGCGGAUCUAGGGGGGAGGGAACGGGUUCAUAUGAAUCAUGUAAGGGGUUCAUAUGAGUUCGUUGCUUGGAAAAUCACACUAUGUAUACAAGGUCAAAAGUAUCUUUUAGGUAUAUUAUAUAUACAGUAGACUGUGAACCGCCCUUGAUGAAAAUCCUGUCGCUGCCACUCGUGCUGAAAAGUCUGUACUUGGAUAUUUUCAUAGCUAAUUCAUAUUAAUCCUAUUUAUAGUUCA